AUGGAGAACUCAACCGAGAGUUUUUCAUUUGUGUUGGCUAUGUAUGGUGACACAGGACAGUUAAAGUACCUGUACUUUACUCUGGCUGUGAUGUUUUACAUAUCAGUUAUUGUUGUAAACUCUGUGCUUAUUAUCGUUCUUUAUACAGACAAAAAUCUUCAUGAGCCCAUGUAUUUAUUCCUUUGUAGUUUAUUUGUAAAUGAAAUAUACGGCAGCACAUCUUUGCUGCCCUGCUUCAUGGUGCAUAUGUUGUCAGACACACAUGAAAUUUCUGCCUCCUUCUGCUUCAUUCAAAUAUUUAACAUUCAUUCAUAUAUAGCUAUUGAAUUUGGAACAUUAACAAUUAUGGCACAUGACAGAUAUGUAUGCAUUUGUAAACCUUUACAUUACAACAGCAUAAUUACAAAUAGGAAAGUACAACUUGUCAUAUUAUUUAUUUGGAUAUUUUGUUUUUUGGAGGUUGGAGUUUUAAUGUCUUUUACUAUUCGUUUAAAUUUUUGUGGGACUGUUAUCAACAAAGUAUUCUGUGUACAUCACUUAGUUGUUGACCUUUCUUGUUCAUCAGACAGAACAGUUUCACUCGUUCAUGAUGUGAUUUUUGGUCUAAUUUUCUCUGUAGCUGGGCCUGUCAGUUAUAUUUCAUACAGUUACGUCAAUAUUUUUUCAGUGUGUUUAAAAGGGUCCAAAGAGACCAGAAUGAAGGCUUUAGAAACUUGCACUCCACAUUUCGUUUCACUCAUUAGCUUUGUGUUUGCCUGUUUUUAUAGUUUGAUCAGUCAGAGAUUUGACGCGUCCAAAGUGCCAUACCCUCUCUGUGUUUUCUUAUCUACGUAUGCGGUGGUCAUUCAGCCUCUUCUUAAUCCUCUAAUUUAUGGUCUCAAACUGUCAAAAAUUAAGCAUGCUUGUAAAAAUGUGUUGACAUUAAAACCAUCACAACUCUAUAUUUUUCCUGAAGCAUAUUUAAAUUCUACAAACAACUCGGGACUGGGCUGUGCUGGCUGCCCGCAAGACUUGACUGCAAGGGCGGGGCUGCCCAGCUCUCACACAUGCAACAGGCAGCCCUCACUCACGGCGAGUGAUCUCAGGGGAGACAUGGCCUCAUGUGUAGGAGCUCUUGCCGACCAUCCUCGGCUUGUUGAAAAAAAAGAUGCCAGAAGUGAGAUCUGGAAGUACUUCGGAUACGAAGCAGACUGUGAAGGAAAGCCCAUCAACACACAGAGACCCAUCUGUAAAACAUGCUUCAAAUCCACUCAGUCAAAGGGAGGCCACACGUCAAAUAUGGCUAGGCACCUCAAGGAGGCCAGUAGCCGGCUCCUGUCUCUUCGCCAGGGAGAAAACUCCGUGGCUAAGCACUCCGUCGACUUCCGCAUUUUAGCGAUUGAGAGCGGGUGGGACGAGAAAGCAUUGCAGGGGGUCUUUCUCCGGGGAUUGAGGGACGAGUUGAGGGAUGAAUUAGCCGCUCUGGAUGAGACCACCUCGUUAGACUAG